AUGACGUCCACGCACGACCAGGAGCACAAUCUUGGCGUGUGCAGUCAGCUGGCGGCUCAGGCUUCCGAGGCAGGAUGCAGAAUGCUGUGUCUGCCCGAGUGCUUCGCGUUUAUGGGGGACUCAUCCAUGCAAUCUCCGGCUACUGUGGCUCAACCCCUUAAUGGGCCUCUCAUGUCAAGGUACAAGCAGCUGGCCAGGGACAAUGGCCUCUGGCUGUCACUGGGGGGAUUUCAGGAAGCAGGUCCAGAUGCUGACCACAUCCACAAUUGUCACAUCAUCAUCAAAGCCAAUGGGGAAACUGCCGCCACCUACCGAAAAAUCCACUUGUGUGAUGUUGAGGUGCCUGGAGGCCAAGUGUGGAAGGAGAGCAGUUUCACAUCUCCUGGUUGUAGUACCACAGUGUGCGAAAGCCCAGUAGGGAAGCUGGGUCUCUCUGUUUGCUAUGACUUGAGAUUUCCACAACUCUAUCAGGAGCUCCGUUUCAGGGGAGGUGCCGAUGUACUGCUGAUACCCUCUGCUUUCACCAAACCAACCGGCAGCGCCCAUUUCGAGCUGCUGCUGCGCUCCCGUGCAAUUGAAUGUCAGUGCUACGUCAUCGCUGCUGCCCAAGCUGGACAAAACCAUGCGAAUCGGCAGAGUUGGGGCCACUCGUGCGUCAUCGACCCCUGGGGGAAGGUGCUGGCGCGGAUGGAUGACAAAGAGACUGGGAUCGCCGUUGCAGAGAUAGAUAGCAAAUAUGUUGCAGACAUUAGAAAGCGGAUGCCAAUAGCGACACACAGGUCUGCAGGAAGAAGCUCUCUAAUGAAGGGAGGGGAGUCCUUGUAG